AUGGCUACCGUGCAAAAGCCGGCGGGUUCCUUGGAUUUCGACGAGAAGAAAAGGAAGAAGAUGGAGUCGAACCGUGAAUCGGCAAGGAAGUCACGUGAGAAGAAAAAGAAGCAGAUGGAUGAUUUGACCAACGAAGUGAGCGCAUUGCAUGAAGAGAAGAACGACUUAAUCAAAAAAGUCAUCCUCUACACCGAACGAUUCAUGAAUUCGGAAUCUGCAAACAACGCGUUAAGGGCUCAAGCAGCGGAAUAUACCAGCCGGAUAAAGUCCCUGAAGAAGACGCUGCAGCUGCAUUAUGCGAGACAAGGCAGCGGGUAUGCCCCGGAGGUCACAACUCACAAAUCCUCUGAUGCAGCCGUGACUACCCUCCUUUUCGACGGUGCCAAUUAUUUCGGCGGCUGA